CAGUUUCGCUUAAAUCAUUGCCACUGCUUAAUAUUAAACUAUCCAGAAGGCCUUGGGCGCUUUCCUGGUUUCAAGACGUUCCGUUGUUGGACCUCUCCUCGUUGUCGACCAGUACAGCUGCACAUACUUUUAGUGCACUUAAAUGAAGCCCUUAAAAAUCCCGAGGACCCCUCCGCUGCACACGACGCCGCGGCGGCAAGUCAGCCUUGGUGCGACGGUUGCCCUCCUUCUGGCGCUUGCUCCUCUCGCUGCUACCCGGAAGGCGCCUCACUCUCACGAUGUUGGGGACUAUUGUCCUCCAGAGCCGGCGUCUGGGCUCAUGAAGUUCAGAUCGGUGCAGGUGGAGAACAGCGUGUGCGUGCCGAAUGCGGUCGACGUGAUCGGCACAAGCGUGUACGCCUGCUUCAAGGAGUUCCGCAUCGAUGUUGUUGGUUGCGACGUUACCAUGCGCGCCGACGGGGACCUUUACGCGGGACCGGGCCGCCUGCCAUGUGCGCUGUUUGGGCUGAAGGGCAAUCUCACACCGGACGGGUUGGAGGCUCGCGUGUGGGCUGACGUGGACGGACGCGGCCUGUUGGACUACUUUCGUAACCAGCCCGAGGCCGUGACGGCUCUGAAGCUGGCCAGCCCUCAGGCGGUGGUGAAGGGCAUCUGGGCCUUCCUGCGCACCUUCACCACCGACACGCGGUUCGCGGAUGAUUCCUGGAUCGAUGGCGGAAAGAGCAACGGCAAGGGCAGGGGCGCCGGGCGCAGCAGCGCCGGCAAGCACGGCCUGCUCGUCGAGGAGGGCGAGCGGCUGCCGACUGGCGCGGCGGACGCAUGGGCAGAAGAGGACUGGCAGCAGGAGGACUGGCCUCUCGAUUCCGAGGCGGAGGGGCAAGAAGUUGCGGCAGAGGCGGAGGACCGGAAGCAGGGGAGCUGGCGGCAGCUACUGGCUGCACGGUCGUCGCGUGAGGGCGAGGUGGACGCGGGCAAGGGGCGCAUUCAGCGGAACCCGGUGCCCGCCAAGCAGCGGCACGGCCCCAUGCGUGUGUACCGGCCCGCCGCCGCGCGCAUCACUGUCAAGGUGCCCAACGGCUGCAAGUACAAGUACUCGAUCGAGCCUUCCAGCCACGUGUUUGAGGCGCCCGACCGCGGCCGCGCCGUGGUGCACUGGCGCACCGUGGCGCUGACGGUGGCUGCGCUCAGCUGCGUUCUGUCGGGCGUGGGUCUGGGCGUGUGCACCUACUUCUCGCGGAAGCACGCCGAGUACGUGUCCACCUUCUGGGAGUACCAGGCGGUCAAGGACCAGCUGGGGGCGGAGCUGCCGCCGCACACCUACCAGCGCCUCUUCGGCGAGCUGCCCAAGUCGGCGGCGGCGGCGCAGGAGGCCGCGGCGGCCGCCGCCGCCGCCGUCAAGAAGCACCGCGCCCAGUCGGUGGCGGGCGGCGGCGGCGGUGCCGGUGGCUUGGGGCCAGCCAUUCAGCAGCAUGCGCCGGCGGCGCUGGCUGCUGAGGCGGGGGAGGCCCAGGUCAUUGGCGCAGGCGAGCCGGACGGCAUCAGCAGCCGCAGCAGCAGCGCCGGCGGCAGUGAGCUUGGCACGGCGGCGGAUGCGGUGUUGAAGCAGGAGGCAGCGGCGGCGGCUCAGAAGCCGUAAUGGCGAGGGCUCCGUGUUUUCCAAGGGAAAUGGAUGCUUCGUGUUUGUGGGACGGUAGGUAGCUGGAUGGGGUGGUGGGGCAGCGUUGCCAAUGCUGCCAUGCAGCAGCAAAAGCCAAAGCGUUUGCUGCUGACGCAGAGUGCAAGGCGACAGACGGCCGGCAGGCAUCAGCACCGCGUCGACUGGCUACGUUCUGUUUCUGUGCUCAUGCGGGCUUAAAGCAUGUGAGGAGCGGGUUGCGGCAAGGCAGGUCAGGUGCUGUUGUUGUUGCCCUCGCAACAAAGGCUAUGCCUGAAUUUUUUGGAUUGAGAUGGAUCAAAGGCUGCGUUUGGGAGGAGGGGUCGAGGUGAGCGAAAUAACUAGUUUCCGUUUAUUAUUCUUUCGUCUCUGGGCGUAUUACGGUAGCCGGGACCCAUUUUAUGGGGCUUAAGUUUCAGGCUCGCGGUCGUCGUGUUGCCUGUCAGUAUGGGACCAGAUCUUGGGUUGGCUCUGGCGUGGAUGCCAAGAGUGGCAUAUUGUACUUUUUCAAUUGACAAGACCGACACGUUUACGUAGUGAAACGUGUGCCCUCACACCCUGUGAGGCUGGCGUUUUGGCAGGUGUGUCACACGACUGUUUGUCAUGCGUUUUGGGUGGUGUGGGUCUGACGGUUGCGUGUGUGCGUGUGUGCCUAGAUGCCAAGACUCCGAAGUCCUGUUUGCGGUAGUUAACCUUGUCCAUCCGUGCUAGUCGAUUCUGUGCUUACUCAUGUCACUUCUGUGCCUGCAUGCUGCCGGUAGACCGCAUGGGUUGCGAUGCAGUCGGGCAUUUGGAGUACAUACGUGCGGGUACGGGUGCGUGCGACACUGCCUUUGCAGCGAGUACUACGUGCGUCGCUAGCUAGCGUUGCGGACAGUGGCGGUCGCACGGCCAACAAGCCGGCCCGCGCACAUACAUUAUCGGGGACUUGUUCACUGGGUGGUCAGGAGAGAGGUCGGUGGCAUAACAAGAAGUAUUGAAUGUGGGAAUGCGUCGGUGGGCCAGGGCAGCAGCCAACCGUUGCGGUGCGCGCCGCCCUGAUAUGAAUUUUGUCCGGUUAACGGUGUUUUACACCUGUAUGCGCGCUGCCGGCGGUCCUGGCAGCAGGUUGAUGCGGUUGGUAGUGAGGCACGGUAGUUGGGAUGCGGUGUGGUUCACAUGUGUCGCCCGGCCAGCCAGGUCGUCAGUGAUUGCCCAACCGAGCGUUUCGACAAGUGGAUGUAUGGCAUGUUGCGGUGAACUGCAAAGGCGGGCGUUGGCGCCAGCCUAGGUGAGCAACCGGAAGGGGCAGUAGCACACAGUCACGGUGAGGGGCUGGCGCUGGUCGCUGGCACGGGUUUGGAGUACGUGUGUUAAAGAGCACAAGGAAAACGUUGCGCAAAGACAGUGUAUGCGAUGCAGCAAAGCGACGGUUUACGGAUGUUACCUGAAGUUACCUCGCAUACCUGCUGCGGUGAGCCGCCGGUCUUACCAACCGGAAAUCGAGUACGUGUGUGUGUGUGGACGGUUGUCACAUCGCUAAGCGGGGGACGUGCGAUGGGUACUGGGCGGACCCGCGCCUCCAGUAUUUCUCCCCCAACGUGUACGUGAACGUGUACAUGCUGACCGGCGGGCUGCGGCCUUGACAGCAGCAGUGUGUGCACAGGUAGAGACGUCAGGGCAAUUAGGCUUCGGCGUGUGGGGACGCGGCGUUGGUGAGAGCCACAAAUGGCCCUAGUACCGUCGCACUGUAAGCUUACAUUUUGGGUGUAUGCCCCAUCCGAUAGAUACUGUAUCUGGUUAGUGUGCGGAAUGUACGGUACUCUGUACGGUACAAACUUUGCGUCUUAGUGGGGAAACGCGUUGUGACUCCUGUGUCUCCUGUUAACCAUGCAUCUUGGUUUAUACUUGCUCUGCCCUGGACAAGAAUCAAUGGGCAAAUGCUACCUCAUGGUCCUAUGUGCUCUCGUAGUAUAUUAGCUUGCAUCCAUACACCUUAAGGCCUGAAGAAUCCCAUCACCGGUCUUGCAACUUGGCUCCACGGCCCAAACCAUAUCACAGGCUCACAGCAUUGCUGACCUGGAAAUGAAUUGUUUGUCCAGCGGUCCCAGCACCUAAGCAACUGCCACGCGCCAAUCACGAAAAGAAACGAAUAAUGUCCGAAACGGAAACAGGCUACCUACACCAUAAAAGCGUGAGCUGCUGUGCACGAAGCCUCCGCCCAACCCUGCAUCUGAUUCUUAGACACGUAUCUCCUGUACUUCAACCGCAAUUGAGUUCAAAGCCCCCCUCCCUGUCCACAUCCCUAUCCGUUUUCCGUACCACACACGCUUCUUUGCGUGCCGCCUGCUAGCUACACGCCCACCAUGACCGCAUGUUCACAGCCUCACCACUCGAACAGGCACCGGCAAUAAAGUCGCAGCGUACCGGUCCACUUUCCAAUCCACACAUUUGCUCGCCUGCUGCUUGAGGGCUGCUGCUACGGCUGCUGGAUGC